AUAAAACCACCAAAACGGAGGAUAACUCCAGCAUCUAAGAUUCCUGCCUCUGCAGUUGAGAUGCCUGGAUCAGCAGAUGUGACAGGGUUAAAUGUUCAGUUUGGAGCUCUGGAGUUUGGAUCAGAGCCUGCACUCCCAGAGUUUGGAUCAACUUCAAGCAGUGAGAAUACCAGCCAGGCGACCAACAAUAGCUUGUACUCAAAGUCUGGAAAGUACGUUGAUCCUUUGAAUACCUCUUUGCCAAUAUCCAGUACAGUACAGGAGUCCACCUACACAACCUCUGCCAUCACCUCUUCCAGUCUGACCUGCUCAUCCCAGAGCACUAGCCCAGUAACAACUUCCUCCUAUGACCAGACUUCUGUGCAUAGUAGGAUAACGUACCAAAGCUCCAUGGCUCCAUCUGAAUCAACCCCUGUUGCAGUUACGAACGGGCACAGCGGUGUUAGAACACAGGCAACUCUUGACACUACUUCAUCAGUUCCAGCGCCCAAGGCAGAGCCUUCUCCCUCACUACCUUCUGCUGGUUCUCUGCCUAGCGUGGUAUCCACCACUGCUUCACUUCUGCCUUCAGCAUCGCAGCACACAGCAACGUUGCCCAGCUUGCCUCAGUCCAGUGAUUUGGCCAGCAGCUCACUUUCCCAGUUAAGCAGCUCCCUUUCCAAUCAUCAGAGCAGCCUCUCCCCUGCCUCAGUGUUGUCUUCAAGCACAUCACAUGCACACACUAGUGUUGAGAACACAACUUCACUCCAGCCCUCAACAACCUUUUCAACUGUUUCAAGCUCAGCUACUAGCACCACCUCUUCAGUUGUCAGCAUGGCAAGCAGUAUGAACACUACAAACAGCCUUGGCCUGGGCGUUACCAGUGUGUCUAUACCAGCUGCUACCACACGGGCGGCUCCCUUAGUGUCUUCAGGCAAAGCUCCCCCAAACCUGCCCCAAGGUGUACCGCCCUUGUUGCAUAACCAGUAUAUUGUGGGACCUGGAGGACUUCUGCCUGCCUACCCAAUUUAUGGUUAUGAAGAUCUCCAGAUGCUUCAAUCCAGGCUGCCAAUGGAUUACUACGGAAUUACAUUCCCUGCUCCUGCAACCUUGACAGGCAGAGAUGGGAGCCUUGCUAACAACCCGUACUCAGGUGACGUAACAAAAUUUGGACGUGGGGAUUCUGCCUCCCCUGCUCCUGCUACCACACUUGCCCAGCCGCAGCAGAACCAGACGCAGACUCACCAUACAACUCAGCAGCCCUUCCUCAACCCAACCCUGCCCCCGGGGUACAGCUACACUGGGUUACCUUAUUACGCUGGUGUGCCUGGCGUACCCAGUGCGUUCCAGUAUGGGCCAACCAUGUUUGUACCUCCAGCAUCUGCUAAACAGCAUGGAGUCAACCUGAACACCGCGUCAACUCCUUUCCAGCAAGCGAGUGGCUAUGGGCAGCACAGCUAUGGAGCAGCAGGCUAUGAUGACUUAACGCAGGGAACGGCAGCUGGAGAUUACAGCAAAGGAGGCUACAGUGGGUCAUCUCAAGCACAAAAAUCUGCUGGCACUGGACCUGGGAAAGGUGUUUCUGUGACCUCAAGUAACACAGGUGUGCCUGAUAUCAGUGGCUCAGUCUAUAACAAGACUCAGACGUUUGACAAGCAGGGAUUCCAUGCUGGCACACCGCCUCCUUUCAGCCUGCCCUCUGCUCUCGGAUCGACUGGGCCCCUGAACCCUGGUGCUGCCCGGGUUAUGCUCCGGCCCCAUUUCUCCAUAUCUUGCCUGCCCAUCAGCAGCCUCAUUCCCAGAUGCUGCAUCACCAUCUUCAGCAAGAUGGGCAGGGUGGAUCCGGCCAACGCAACCACCCAGCACCAUGCAGCAAAAGUCUCAGGCUACCAAAACCACCUAUGGCACUUCUCCAUACUGGACAAACUAAAUCUGAAACCGGGGAGGGGGGAGAGAAUGAAAGGAGAGGAGGAGAAAAAAACAAAAGAAAAGAGAAAAAAAGCCGAAGCCCAUUCCUGAAAUUAUUAGGAGAAGUAACUGCUCAGCCAAACAUCUGUGCCGGGAGAACUGCAGCCAGCCAGCCAUCCUCUGUGUGACUCGCCCGCUUCCUCUUUGAGUUGCUGUUGUAUGUAAUAUAUUUAUGUAUGUAUUUGUAAAUGUAAUAGAGCCUAAAUGUGGUUUUCUGCAUCUUGGAGCCUGUUUUAUUUUCUUUGUAGGAAAACUAAUUAUUUCCCAUCUGCACCAGGGCAUCCUUCCUUGGUUUUUUAAGCUUUAACUCUGUCAAAGACAAACUGUGCCAUUUUUUUGGAGCUGCAGCCCAUUUAUUUAAUGCAGUUCUAAAUUCAGGCAAAUAAGGAGGCAUUGCCCCCCCCCCCAAAGAAUCAAGAUGUGUCCUGUUGGUUUGAUUUCUGCCCCCAGCCCCCAAUAUAGCUGUUGCUUUAAGGGGGGGGGGAAGGGAAAAAAAAUGCUUUGUGGGCUUUCCCCUUUCUUUUGUCUCCUCUCUCCCUCCUGCUGUGGAAGAUGAACUCUUGUGGGCAGUUUAGUCACUGUGGCCUUGAGCUGCAGCCUCACCUUUUUAUUUUUCAAUUUUUGAAUAAUUUAAAAAAAAAAAAAAAGGUUUUCUUCUUUGUUUGGUUUGGGGGGGGGGGGGGGGGGGUGUUUCUCUAGCAAGAGACUUCAGAUGGCUCACUGGGUUCUGGAACCUCCUUUGCAUCAUUAGAGGCAAAAAAACUAUCUAUCUAGUGAUUUCUUAAAUAAAAGUAUAAGCUGUGUCUUGUACCUCUUUUUGCCCUGAGCCACCCUGCCCAGGAAAGCCACAGCUACUAGAUGGAAACUUCACCUGUCCAUCCCUACUUUUUUUAAAACAAGACUCUGGAGGCAACUCCUGGUCCUUCUUGUCCUGCACCAGUGUGGUGAAUGUUUUAGGAGUUUCAUUUCUUUUUAGCCCUUCCUCCACCUAAUAAAGAUCUAAGC